CACUAUUUUGUCGUCGGACACACUUCCGUUACAGGAUAUUGCAGCAUGAAGAAGGAGCAAGUUGUCAACUGUCAAUUUUCGGUCUGGUAUCCACUAUUUAAAAAACAUACUAUUAAAAGUCUGAUCCUCCCACUGCCUCAAAAUGUAAUAGAUUACUUGCUAGACGAUGGUACAUUGGUAGUGUCUGGAAGUGAUCAUAACACAGAGCAGAUAAAUAUUAACAGUGAUUUAGACACAGAAGAAGACGUCCAGUGGUCAGAUGAUGAAACAACAACUACAGUUACUGCUCCAGAGUUCCCAGAAUUCACCUCUAAAGUGUUGGAGUCAAUAAAUGCUCUAGGCGGAAGUGUGUUUCCUAAACUUAACUGGAGCUCACCACGGGAUGCCAACUGGAUUGCCUUGAACAGUUCCCUUCAGUGCAGCAGCCUCAGUGACAUAUUUCUUCUGUUUAAAAGUUCAGACUUCAUCACCCACGACCUCACUCAACCGUUUCUUCAGUGCAGCGACCAGGACUCUCCAGAUCCUGUCAUCAGCUAUGAGCUUGUCCUCCGGAAGUGGAGUGAGCUGAUUCCUGGAGGAGAGUUUCGCUGUUUUGUCAAAGAGAAUAAACUCAUUGCCAUUUCCCAAAGAGACUACACUCAGUUUUACCACCACAUCCUAAAGCAGGAGGACAUCAUCACUUAUGCUAUUCAAGACUUCUUCAGCAAAAACAUUCAGUACACCUUCUUAGACGAGGACUUUGUUUUUGACGCCUACAGAGACAGCCAGGGGAGAGUGUGGCUCAUUGAUUUUAACCCUUUUGGUGAAGUGACGGACUCACUCCUGUUCACCUGGGAAGAGCUGUCUUCUGGAGAAAUCACACAGCAGCAGGAGGGCCCUGCUUUUCGGUACACCACUAGUGAAGUGACUGUUCAACCCAGCCCCUGUCUUAGCUACAGGAUCCCUCGGGACUUUGUGGACCUCUCAACAGGAGAAGACGCAUACAAACUCAUUGACUUCCUCAAGCUGACGAAAAGUCAACAGGAAGAGUCAGAGGACGACGAAGACGAGAGCGCUCCACAGUGAAUCAAAAUCUCAUCUAAUAUUAACUUCACCCAUAUGCCCAAUAAUAUGCUCAUGCGAUAUCCACUAUUUAUCGAAUUAUCCUUGUGUUAGUUUAGUAUCACACCAUGUAAAAUCUAUUGGAACUUUUUUUUUUUUUUAUUCAUGGCCUUUUCUAUGAGUUUGUUAACUGACCCUUUAAAACCCCUUUACUGUAAAAAAUAUAUUUUUUAAUGAUUUUCUUAUUGUUUUGUAACUAAGCCUGAAUCCUAACUGCAAAAUCCCACUACUAUAAUUGAUCCAUGUUUUUGACUUCCUUACUUACCACGAAUCUUGUUAAUAUUUCAGCAGCCAUCAAUGCUACUCCAUCUUUCUCAACCAAUUUCCUCCGAGUGGUUCUGACACACUCAUUGCUCUUCGUAUUGCGGUUUUAUUUUCCCAUAAUGCAGCACUGUAGACUGUAGACUGAUUAUUAAACUUGCUGUGCCUGUA